GAGUGAUUACAAUAAAUAGUUUAUUUCUUGACCCUAUGAAUAACAAAUAUUUUACUUCAAAUCAAGAGGAGAAUACUGGGGCUUACAUGUUGUACCAAAGUUAGCGGUUUCACUUUUAGUCUGAUUUUACAAUGGGUCAUACAAAACAGUUGUCUUUCAAAAAAUUUUGUAUUAAAAUAUUAUUCAUUCAAAAUUUAAAAGUUAAAAAAAAUUGCAAAGCUAAAUUUUUUAAACGCAAAUAUUGAAUUAAAUUUAUGAACUUCACCAACAAGGUUGUGUUAGUAACUGGCACCGCGUCAGGAAUUGGCGCUGCUACUGCAGUUCGUUUCUCGGAGCUUGGUGCCAAGUUAGCCAUUGUCGAUCUCAGCGCCGAGGGACUUAAAACGACAGCUAAGAAUUGCAUAAAAUGUGCCAAGUCAAAAGAUCAAGGCGAACCACUUCAAAUAGUCGGGGACGUUAGCAAGCCAGAAGAUUUAGAAUGCAUUGCUAAGUCAACGCUUAAAAAAUAUAAACAACUGGAUGUGUUAGUAAACAAUGCCGGUAUUAUGGAGGAUGGUACCAUUGAAACCACAUGCCUGGAGCAGUUUGAUCGCAUGAUUCACACCAAUUUACGUUCUCAAUUUUAUUUAUCUUUAAUAUUGGUGCCGGAAUUAUUAAAAACAAAAGGUAACAUUGUGAACACAUCAAGUAUCUGCGGCAUGCGUUCAUUUCCUAACACGCUGGCCUACAACAUAUCCAAAGCGGGUGUUGAUCAUUUCACCCGCUGCGUAGCGCUGGAGCUUGGCGACCGUGGCGUGUGUUGUAAUUGUGUAAAUCCUGGUGUUAUAUAUACUAAUUUACAAAAGCGAUAUUUGGAUGAGAAUGGUUACAAAGAAUUUUUAAAAAAAUCAAAAUAUACCCACGCUUUAGAACGUUAUGGUCAACCAAUUGAAGUGGCAAAUGUAAUAUGCUUUCUAGCAAGUGAUUUGGCCAGUUUCAUCACUGGUCACAAUAUACCCGUAGACGGCGGGAGACACGCUAUGACACCACGCUAAAUUGCAAGCAAAUUCAAACCUAA